AGGAAAUUCUUGGUGGGCCACACGUUGCCGAACAGAGAUAUGACGCAGAGUUCUUCAAGAAGUUCCGGAAUCAGAAUAUUGUUCUUUCUGCAAGGACAUAUGCUCGGGUAUAAAUUAUUUCACAGCAAAAUUUUGAGACGUGACUUGCCUUUCUAUUUGUACAAUGCGUGUCUGGCAGGAAAAAAUGGGUUUCAUUUAGGACAGACCGUAAUUAAUAGAGGUAAUGCUUUUUGUAGUUUAUCUCUGAUGAGAGGGAAUAAUAGGGCCUCUUAAGGUUACUUUUCCCACAGUUUUAUCCCAGGCACCAGAUGUCAUGUCUGAAGAAAUAUGGGAAAGUUGUCAGUGAGGCCAUUUGCACCCAUAUUUGUCGCCAGUGGUAAUAUAUGAGACCCUUUUGGUAAUGGGCAAAGCAGUCCAGUCCUAGCUGGGCGCCAAGUGGAGCUACAUCCACAGCCCUGUUGAUGUGGGUGGGGGACAGAAAAAGCCUGCUCAGGCUAUGCUAGCAUGGAACUGGCAUAGUGACUAGUGACUAGUGGGGUGCCACAGGGUUCUGUCUUGGGCCCGGUCUUAUUCAACAUCUUUAUCAACGACUUGGAUGAUGGACUCAAGGGCAUCCUGAUCAAAUUUGCAGAUGACACCAAACUGGGAGGGGUGGCUAACACCCAGAGGACAGGAUCACACUUCAAAACGACCUUGACAGAUUAGAGAACUGGGCCAAAACAAACAAGAUGAAUUUGAACAGGGAGAAAUGUAAAGUAUUGCACUUGGGCAAAAAAAGUGAGAGGCACAAAUACAAGAUGGGUGACACCUGGCUUGAGAUCAGUACAUGUGAAAAGGAUCUAGGAGUCUUGGUUGACCACAAACUUGACAUGAGCCAACAGUGUGACGCGGCAGCUAAAAAAGCCAAUGCAAUUCUGGGCUGCAUCAAUAGGAGUAUAGCAUCUAGAUCAAGGGAAGUAAUAGUGCCACUGUAUUCUGCUCUGGUCAGAUCUCACCUGGAGUACUGUGUCCAGUUCUGGGCACCACAGUUCAAGAAGGACACUGACAAACUGGAACAUGUCCAGAGGAGGGCAACCAAAAUGGUCAAAGGCCUGGAAACGAUGCCUUAUGAGGAACGGCUAAGGGAGCUGGGCAUGUUUAGCCUGGAGAAGAGGAGGUUAAGGGGUGAUAUGAUAGCCAUGUUCAAAUAUAUAAAAAGGAUGUCACAUAGAGGAGGGAGAAAGGUUGUUUUCUGCUGCUCCAGAGAAGCGGACACGGAGCAAUGGAUCCAAACUACAAGAAAGAAGACUCCACCUAAACAUUAGGGAAGAACUUCCUGACAGUAAGAGCUGUUCGACAGUGGAAUUUGCUGCCAAGGAGUGUGGUGGAGUCUCCUUCUUUGGAGGUCUUUAAGCAGAGGCUUGACAACCAUAUGUCAGGAGUGCUCUGAUGGUGUUUCCUGCUUGGCAGGGGGUUGGACUCGAUGGCCCUUGUGGUCUCUUCCAACUCUAUGAUUCUAUGAUUGUGUCCAGUUGUUGGGCCCAGUGACAUCAACUGAUGCAGUAGGACUGACUUGGAACACAACACUUUGGAGCAGGCAUUGGGAUUAGUCCCCCUGCCCACCUAUGAGUAAUAGAUAUAUUCCUUGGAUGAAAGGCCAUCAAACAACAACAACAACAACAACAACAAAUUUAUUAUUUAUACCCUGCCCAUCUGGCUGGGUUUCCCCAGUCACUCUGGGCGGCUUCCAACAGAAUAUUAAAAUACAAUAGUCUAUGAAACAUUAAAAGCUUCUCUAAACAGGGCUGCCUUCAGAUGUCUUCUGAUUUCUGGCAGUUGUUUUUCUCUUUGACGUCUGGUGGGAGGGCGUUCCACAGGGCGGGUGCCACUACCGAGAAGGCCCUCUGCCUGGUUCCCUGUAACUUGGCUUCUUGCAGCGAGGGAACCAAGUGGGAGACAUCUGUCAUCUAGUGGCUGAGGAAAGGGAAUUCACCAAAACUGAAGACGUAGCGGUUGCUUCAUUGCUAUUGGCCACAGUCCAUUUCCUGUCCUUGUCCGAGAUGGAUACCUCUGAUGUAACUGCUCUCUGUUUUUUCUUUGAGUGCUUCAUUGAUGUUUUCUUCCAUCUCCUUCUUUAUAUUCAUUUAUCCAGUCGUCUCUUCUUGCCCUUGGGAGUAAAAAAAAAAAAAAAAAAAAAGAUUCCCUUUUGUAUUUACCCCACUUCUGCUUUUCCCUCAUUCUGGCCAUCUGGCUGCCCCUGUCCCAGCUGUUUGUUUUCUUUUCAUCUGUCCUAGAUUUCUUCUCAGUCCGCUCAGUUGCUGUCUUCUCCUGUAAUCCCCCCUCCCCCAAAAAGCACAUUGGUAAAUUUCCUGUCCUCAGCCACUAUAUGGUAGGUGUGUCCUUGGUCCAACAAAACCACCAAUGGCAUAUUUUUUUUCGUUCAGAGCAUUCAUGAAAUAUGUUUAGUUUCUGAACAGCACAAGAAAAUCAACAGAGCAGAAGGGAAUGGAUAGCUAAUACUCUGGCCUGUGGGUUUUUUAUAUGAGAAUUAUGCCAUCUGCCAUAAUUUGAGGGGUGUGUGUGUGUGUGUGUGUGUGUGUGUGUGUGUAUGGUUACUUCUUAAACAGACUGGUCCAUAAGCUGUCUCAUGAAUACUAAAACUGAAUUAUUGGUGCAGGAAAGCAAUGUAAGAGCCCUGGAGAUUUUGUUCACAUACCAUGGGUCAGACCUCCUUCCGCAUCGGCUGGCAAUUCUCUCUAAUUUUCCAGAGACCACCUCUCCACAUGAAUAUUCCUUUUUGCUACCUGAAGCUUGGUAAGUGCAUAUGUGCUGAAUAUCAAUGCGAAGCUGCACCUUUAUUUAUUUAAUAUUGAAAAUAACAAUUAGUAUUCCUUAUUUUAAAAGUUAUACUAAAAGCUGCAUAUGCAGCUGAGAAGAGAGAGGGAAACCCAAUGAAUAUAUUUUCAGCCAAACAUGCUCUGUUUGUUGUUAUCUCCCGGAAUUGGACAGCAGUCUCAAGACUUCAUGCUCCUUCCCUCAACCCCUUCUCUUAAUAACAUACAGUGCUACCUCGGGUUACAUGCACUUCAGGUUACAGACUCUGCUAACCCAGAAAUAGUACCUCGGGUUAAGAACUUUGCUUCAGGAUGAGAACAGAAAUCGUGCUCCGGCGGUGCGGCGGCAGCAGGAGGCCACAUUAGCUAAAGUGGUGCUUCAGGUUAAGAACAGUUUCAGGUUAAGAACAGACCUCUGGAAUGAAUUAAGUACUUAACCCGAGGUACCAGUGUGGUGUAGUGGUUAAGAGCGGAAGUCUCGUAAUCUGGGGAACCGGGUUCGAGUCUCCACUCCUCCACAUGCAGCUGCUGGGUGACCUUGGGCCAGUCACACUUCUUUGAAGUCUCUCAGCCCCACUCACCUCCCAGAGUGUUUGUUGUGGGGGAGGAAGGGAAAGGAGAAUGUUAGCCGCUUUGAGACACCUUAAAGGGAGUGAAAGGCGGGAUAUCAAAUCCAAACUCUUCUUCUUCUUCUUCUACCACUGUAUUUUCCCUCCCCCACAUCUUAAUAGCAGCUAACAGAUACAUUGUGCAUUAGGCAGGACAUGAAAUUGUUGUUUAAUGUUGGGUUCAAAUUAAUUAGUAACCUUGGCUACUUCAUGACAUAAGCUUAGAAUGGAUACCAGUUUUCAGUGAAAUUAUCUGCCCUCAUUUACCCAGUCAAUUUGUUCUGUAAGCUAGUCUGUUAAAACUGCCUUUGACACCUUUGAUUGAUGUCUGUCGUAUUGUGACUCUUCCUUGCAGCUAGCAUGGUAAGCGCUUACAAGAUUUCUGUGGGAAUGCAGGAUAGGUUACCCUUAAAAAUAUGAUAUAAACUUAGUUUUGGAGUAUUUAAGGCAGGAUUGCUUUUGAUGCCGCUUUCAAAAAUUAGUUCCUAAUAUCAUUCAGCUGUCCAGCAGAUAUAUAGUAGCUUGUCAACCGUGUUUCUUGCAACUUCUCCAGCACUUAAGUAAUAAAGAGUUUGUUAAUCCUGUGAAGCUUUAAUGCUUGCAAAUGCCAUUUAUGAGCUACAUUUUACCCAUUCUCUUGUGUGAAGGCUGAAAUGCAUUUGAAUGGUGGUGGUGGUUGUUUAGUCAUUUAGUUGUGUCCGACUCUUCGUGACCCCAUGGACCAGAGCACACCAGGCACUCCUGUCUUCCAUUGCCUCCCGCAGUUUGGUCAAACUCAUGCUGGUAGCUUUGAGAACACUGUCCAACCAUCUCGUCCUCUGUCGUCCCCUUCUCCUUGUGCCCUCAGUCUUUCCCAACAUCAGGGUCUUUUCCAGGGAGUCUUCUCUUCUCAUGAGGUAGCCCAAAGUAUUGGAGCCUAAGCUUCAAGAUCUGUCCUUCCAGUGAGCAUUUGAAUGGUAGUUUGUGUCAUAUCCCCUUUCUGCAUUACCCACACAUUGUAUAUUUUAGAUCUGUCUUCCAUGUGUAUCUUUGAAGUGCAUAGGUUGAGAUCUCAUUUGUCUCCUGAGAAUUUCUGUUUCCUGUUUGUUCUGUGAUGAUAUAUUCUUAUGAAAUGCUAUAAUGACUUUGGCACUUGCCAGUGCUGUCUGGUAGACCUUGUUAACUUAGCAAUAAGAUAAAAUAAUAAAUCUCUUGGCAAAUCUGCCUUUUGAACUACAGUGGUACCUCGGGUUAUAUACGCUUCAGGUUACAGACUCCACUAACCCAGAAAUAUUACCUCGGGUUAAGAACUUUGCUUCAAGAUGAGAACAGAAAUCGUGCAGCAGCAGCGCAGUGGCAGCAGGAGGCCCCAUUAGCUAAAGUGGUGCUUCAGGUUAAGAACAGUUUCAGGUUAAGAACAGACCUCCAGAACGAAUUAAGUUCUUAACCCGAGGUACCAAUGUACAGUCUGAAAUACUCCUUUGCAAUAUAUAUAGCAAAAUGCUAUCCUCAGAAGUUAAGGUUAUUGUGUAUUCAUAAGUUAAGCCACUGUCGAGUUCAUUGCGGCUUACUCCCAGGUAACUCAAUAAUUUACAGAAUUCCUUCCAUGAAAUGAUCUAUAAUUACCCUAUCCUUUUAUCUGAAGCUGUUUCCUGUUCGACAUAUUAGUUAAUAGAAGUAGACUUGACACACAUUCCUGGAAGUGUGAGAAUCAGAACUGAAUAGAUUGCAAAGAUUUCUGCCUUAUCACUAAAUGUGAUAUUCUUAUCCUUUUAAAAAUGGUUAUGAGGCAAAUGUGAAGUCCUCUUGUAGUUCUGCAUCUUUUAGAUAAAAAAACACCCUUCCAACCUUGGUAGCUUUUGUAUUGAAGCUGAAUUAUAGUACUUUCUGCUUUGUGCCACAGCUACCUAUGAGUCUACAAAGGCCUUUUUUGUGUUUAUCCCCUGCUGAAAUUAGAUUUGAAAGAAACAUUCUCUUGUCGCUAAUAGAAUAGGUUGUGGUGUGCGCUUGCUUGUUAUGUGUGAUGCCCACAGUGAUUGGUCCAGUUUGCAAAUGCGCUGAUCGUCCCAGGGAGGUUGAAGUCUCCUGUUUGGAGCUACACCAAAAGGCUGUAGCUCAGGCAAAGGUCUGACCUGGAAGUAUUUAUGGCCAGGCAAUAAUGAGAAACAGCAGACACCUGUCAGAAGGUGGGUGCCGUUCAGGGAUGCGAAAGAAAAACACUGCCCUUUCCUUUUCCACUCCUCAGCCUCAGAUGGUUCCCCCAUGAGUGUGACAGAGCAUAGACUAGGAAGUUUGUCUUCUGAGAUGAGGGCCUUUUAUCAAAACAAGCCCUAAAUUAUCAUGUGUUACAUAAGCACCUGCCUUUAAUUUGCAUUUUUGGGGGGAUCAGUCGGUCAAUCCCAGGGAAAGUGAGUAAGGGUUGUCAACUGACUAGGUGAAAAAUGCAGGAAAACAUAGGUUUGAUAAGUGGAAAUCAGUAGGCAGAGGUUUUCAUAAUAGCUGCAGUAGCUGAUUCAAGAGUCAGCCACCCUAGGAUGGAUUAAAACACCUGUCAGUCAAGGGAUGGCUAUGCCCUUAAAGGUUAUCCAGUGCUGUGAAAGCAUUUCAUGCAUUACGCUGAAGGAUUUGAAGUGUUGAGCAGGCUUAACAUGCUUGAAUUGGUUGAAACAGAGCCAAGGAAGGCAAGAGCUCUUUGAGUGCGUCUCUAAUUAAAGUUGGCUUGAUAUUGGCAAAGAUCCCACCAGAGGCAAGACUGUUAUGGCAACAAGCAAUCCUUCCCCAUCCAAACUAAUUAUUUAGAGUUAUUUCUGUGUUUCAAACCAUAUUAUAGCAACAAUUUUGAAACGUUCCUUUUUCUGAGAUCAUUUUCCCCACAAGAGUUUCUGCCUUCUUUAAAUGGAAGGUGAAAAUUCUUUGAUGGUUCAUUGGGAGUUCUGUGAAGGAUGAAAACGUACAGGCUGCCUAGGACUGUUGCGCAGGUGGUCUAGAAAUUUAAGGAGGGGGUUUGUGAAGGAACAGACCAGGUCUCUGAAGUUUCUGUUGCACCAUUGUUGCAGUUUAUCAAGAAAGCAGAUUUCUAAACUGAAAAGGGACUUCCUUGUUUAGCCAUGCUGAGUUGCUGAAGUAGAACCUUCAGAAACAUUUCCAGCUAUGCAUUCAGUUAUUAAAAGAAGAGCCUUUCUGGAUCGCAUCAGAGGUCCAUCUAUGCCAGCAUCCCAAAAUAGCAAGCCUCAUGCUUCCAGGAAGGCCUGGGCACGAAAGCAACAGCCAUAUUCCUUGCUGCUUUCAAGCAACUGGCCACAAGCAGAGUCAUAUUGUGGCUCUGCACCUUGGGCUUCUCUGCAGCCAUUCUUACUAGUAGUCAUAAUGUACUUCUACACCUCUAAGCUAUAUCUUGUGGAAGAGAAUUGCAUAAAUAUGCACUGUGUGAAGAACUACAUGUUCUCAUGAAAGUGGCCUGCUUCAGCUACUUUGCUGGGGAGUGGUAGAAGGAGCAGGCAUGGUGUCCUCCCCUUUCUUAUGGAAGUGUGUGAUGUAGCAGCUCCACCCAAAUGACUUGUUCAUUCACCUCCUUCCUUGAGGGAACAAGGCAUGGCCCCCUACUUCACCAUGCAUAGCCUGUUGCCGUCCAAGUACAGUGGUACCUUGGUUUACAAACUUAAUCCAUUCCAGAAGUGUGUUCUUAAACCAAGGUGUGCUUUCCCGUAGCAGCAGUGGACUCAAUUUACAAAUGGAACACACUCAACAGGAAGCAGAACAUUUUCUGCUUCCAAGGCAAAGUUCACAAACCAAAACACCUACUUCUGGGUUCUUAAUCCAAGUUGUUCAUAAACUAAGCUGUUCUUAAACCAAGGUACCACUGUAUGUGUCUGAACCAGACAAAUGGGCUGUAGGAGUCUGAUUCAGACCAAAUCAGGCCAUUAGCCCAUCUCAUUUGGCAUUGACUAGACUGGCAGAGGGGCUCAAGGGUUUUCUGAAACUUUUCUGGAGAUGCCAGGAACCGGGAUUUGCUGCUUGCAGAGCAUGUUCUCAACUGCUAGGUUACAGCCCUUCCUCAAUAGACUUCUGAGAUGGUAGUUUUUUUCUGCUUUUGGGGUUCUUUUGGUGGAAUAAUGCACUGAUUGGCCUUAUUGUUCCACCUGUCACAAUUUGGUAUCCAUCAUGAUCUGGAGGUGCAACACUAAUGUGAUACUUGUAGAUUCCCCAAAGUGAUUCCCUUCCCACUUCCUUUCUCUUAAAAAAAAGAAAAAAGGAUUAAGGCUGCAUUAGCACAGUUUGGUUGAAAGAAGGCUUGUUAUUGCACGGACCACUCCUAAUUGUAGAUUAUUGCGAAGAACUAAUUUGCUUGCGGUGUCUGACACGAAAGCAUAAUGCACUAUCAGACUACACAACAGUAGCUAUGGGAGAUAUCUCUAAUGAGGAGGGUCACCUCUCAAUGUGACCUGGUUCAGUAGUCCCAAAUUCAACACCUGGCGGUGCCUAAUUAUUUUACUAGUACAAUGUGUUCCACUGAAAGCAAAUGACAUGUAGGGUAGAUAACAUUUCCUGGAACCUAAACUAAAAGGCAGGAGACACAGCCGAAAACACCCUGGGACUCUUAAGUGUGUUCAUGGUUCUAUACAAGCAGGGGCGGGGCUGCUCUGUGUUUUUUUAAAGGUUUGGGAGCACUUCAUGCAUCCCAUAUAUCUUUAGUUACACGUAUGUAUAUGUGUGUGUAUCUAUAUCUAUAUCUAUAUUUAUGUAUCUAUCUAUCUAUCAUCUAUCUAUCUAUCUAUCUAUCUAUCGGACUGAGAUAGCUGUUGUGGUGCUGCCCUGCAGUUGCUGUUCAUCUGCAACUCCUGUCAGCCCCAGCCAGUAUGGUGAAAGGUCAGAGACGAUAGGCUUUGUAGCCCAACAACACCUAAAGGACACCCCAUUGGCUAUGGUAUAGGAACAUAGGAAACUGCUUGAUACUGAGUCAAGCCCUUAGUCCGGGGGUCAGCAAACUUUUCCAGCAGGGGGCCGGUCCACUGUCCCUCAGACCUUGUGGGGGGCCAGACUGUAAUUUGAAAAAAAUAAUAAUGAAUGAAUUCCUGUGCCCCACAAAUAACCCAGAGAUGCAUUUUAAAUAAAAGGACACAUUCUACUCAUGUAAAAACAUGCUGAUUCCCAGACCGUCCACGGGCUGGAUUGAGAAGGCGAUUGGGCCGAAUCCGACCCCCGGGCCUUAGUUUGCCUACCCAUGCCUUAGUCCACCUAGCUUAGUAUUGGCACUAUUGGGGAUAGAUAACCUGUGGUCUCCCAGAUGUUAUAGUACUACAACUCCCAUAAUCUCUGAUCAUGGGCCAUGUUGGCUGGAUGUAAUGGAAGCUGGAGGUCAUCAACAUCUAGAAGACCACAGGUUCUCCAUUCUUAGUCUACAUUGAUUGGAGGUGGGUUUUAAGGUUCUCAGACAGGACUUUUUCCUGACCCUACCUGGAACCCACGACCUUUUGUAUGAAAAAUAAAUGUACUCUUCUCACUGAGAAAGAGGCAGCUGUGUAUUCUGUCCCAUCCUUCCUCCAAAAGGAGCCAAGGAACUUCUUAUGGGUUUGGGAACCACUUGAGAAUAGUUAUAACUGAGCAGUUAUCAGUCCUAAUCUUGAUUUGUGUACUUUUUGUACACUGCUCCCCCCCCCCAGCAUUUCUGUUUAGCGGUUUUGCAGAAACCACCAGCAAUGUAAAUAAGAGUUCAGCUAAGCCAAGGUGGGAACGCCACCCCACUCUACUUGCUGUAACAGAGGGCAAAAAUCUUGGGUUGAGCAAAGCUUAUAAGCAUUUGGGAAAGUGAGUAUUCUUAAGUCUUCCCAUGGGGCAAGGAGGUACAUGGUGUGAUAUGAGUUGUUCAUGGCAGAGAUAUGAUUGGUGUUUGGAAUAGGGGGACCUCACCACCCCAUCCCAUCCCAGUUUUUUUUUUAUUGUGUUUUUAUACCUCCCUAUACCCGGAGGUCUCAGGUCGGUUUCAGUUCAGGGCUUAAUGGCAAUGAGAUCCUAUUGGUCAGGAGUGAAGUGGAUAGGUUGGAGAAGAGAGUCGUCCACUACUUUGAAUGGCCUGUGGCUGCUGCUGCUGCUUCUUCAAACAAACAAAAAGGGAGAAAUUCUUGGCUAUACCACAGAGAAACUUACGGUCUUCAAAUAAAAAGAUCUUGAAGGUCCCAGGCCACAGAGAGGUUAGGCUGGCCUCAACUAGAGCCAGGGCUUUUUCGGCUGUGGCUCCGAUCUGGUGGAACACUCUGUCACAAGAGAUCAGGGCCCUGCGGGACUUGACAUCUUUCCGCAGGGCCUGCAAGACAGAGCUGUUCCACCAGGCCUUUGGCCAGGGCACAGCCUGACUCCCUCCUUCGGCAAUCCUCGCGGAGCUCUGGCCGAGUGUUUGCCAUUGGUUUGAUUUGAAUUAAUUUUAUAAUGAAUGGUUUUAGAGUGUUGUGUUGUGUUGUGUUGUGUUGUGUUGUGUUGUGUUGUGUUGUGUUGUUGUGUUGUGUUGUACUGUUGUACUGUUUUAUUGUUGUUAGCCGCCCUGAGCCCGGCUCCAGCUGGGGAGGGCAGGAUAUAAAUUAUUAUUAUUAUUAUUAUUAUUAUUAUUAUUAUUAUUAUUAUUACUAUCUUGUAACGUUAAAAUAAAUUAAUGAGCACAGCUAUAGGCAAGAGUACCUGGGAGCAAGGAUUGAGGAAGACUUCAUUUCUUCUGCAUUUUAAUGUUGAAUGGACCUAGUUCACCCCACUUGGACUUAUGAAUGAACACGUCCAGAAUUGGCACAAAUCCAACCAUCUCUACUGUUCACAAAGGAGCUGAGCCAAAACUGCUUUCACAGUUUAAUCUGUGUUCUUUCCCAUGUAUUUGUCCCCUCUUUUUAUUUUAUUUUAUGAAAUCCCACUGGUUUCCUCCCCUUGCUCCCUUGAAAUUUUUGAUAUUUUUUUGUUUGGGGCCAUAGAGUCUCCAAAUAGGCCUUAACAAACUAGUUCGGGAGUUCCUUGAAAACAGCAGUUCACAUUUUUGUAACUGAGAGCAAAAGACAAAAAUGAUUUUUUAGAUUGGCUCUAAGUUUAGACGCUGUCUUAAGCAGUCUGUCUCUCUUAAACCAGAGGAAUGCACUCAUAAUGAUAUAUCUGGUGUAGAUAGAAUGUGUUAUAAUUCUAUUGCAUUUGAUAGCUCAAAAUAAAACCCUUACUUCCAAACCUUUAUUCCCCUACUCUCUUCCUUGCUCAGUUCCUCAAAAGAAUGUGAAGUCUUUAAAAGGUAACACACUUUAAAGGAUUAUUAACCUUCUGGGGAAAAUGGCAUUUGCUAGUCUAAAUUAUAGGAUUUUUAUUAGAUUUUAUAUUACCUAAUUCAGGCCAUGAUAGCUUCUUCCUUCUAUUGUGCUGGAGUCUUUUAAAGUAAGUUUAUGGGACUUUUUAACAGCGUAUUUUUAGAUCUCGCAGACAGGAUUGUCACAUGUGAGAGCACUGGUGUGCUGCGUAGUGGAUAGAGAAAUAAGAUUACAGCGCUACAUCCGGCUUUGUCACUCUUGCGAAACGCAUAAUGUGAUUUCCUUUUUUCCCUAUAAAAGUGAAAAGCCGAUUAGACAACCUAAUCAAAAUCUAACUCAUGACUGUGUGGUUUGCUCCUCGGAAGCUUUUAAAGGAGCACCAGAGAUAAAACACGCUUGGCUUUGUACUUCGGUGGCAGUUUUGUUCUCUCUUUUACUGCAUUUUCUUUUAAUGACGCCACCCCCAAACUUUGAUCUGGGGUGGUGAAGUGCUUCUGCUAUAUAUUCAAUAUUGCCAAGCAGAAGGCAAGCUUCCACAGCUGCAUGUUUCCACUUCCUCCCCCCCCCAACACCCGCAGCUGUUGCAUUUCACCCUAAAAAUCUCUCUGGAGGAUCGGGGCGACCUACAGAACUUUGUGGGCUGUCUUACUCUUAUGGGGUUGCAGUGGGAGAGGAGAAUUUGCGGACCUUGCAGCACAAAAACCCUCCGUUUGAAUUUAGACAAUUCCUCAUUUCAGCCACACGUGUGUGGCAUUCCUCUGGGAAGGUUUUAAAGGUGCCUUUUGCUUGCAAAUCAUUGAACAAAACCAAACGAAAAGUCAGUCUCCAGCCUAAUGGUGGGCGAUAUCUGGGUUUCAACAUUGUGAUAUAUUACUAGCGAAACAUCACAAUGUGAUAUGUAGAGGCAUUGGCUGGCUUCACAUUUUCCCCCACCUGGUGAUUUUUCAUAGCACACAGACACACAUCAUGAUAUGCAAUGUAUUGCCAGCUCAAAAACUAUGAAACUGAUAUCAUGAUAUGGACUUUCAGGUGAUCUAUCACCCUACUCCAGCCCUUCUAGAAAGUAAGUCAUGGAGUAAAGUGUGCAGGUACCUUCUAAACGAUGAGAGCGAGUUUGAUGUGGCCAACUUGUAUAUUUUUCCUGCUACUGUUGUUAUUAGACAGCAUCAGCAUGUGUGUGUAAUCAAUAUUGUGUUACCUUUCCAGUCAGGGCCAGCUGAACAUUGCUGGCUUCCUAUGGUAAGCAUAAAGCUGUUAUGGGUGGUUGUCUCUCUGAUUAUAUGUUAGGCUGCACUCUCCAUGCCUGCCAUUUUUGUAUUAUGGCAGGCGCCAUUGCAGCCAUUUUUGUUGGAUCAACCCAUCAACCUCUGAUGGAUGAUUUAGAAGGAUUGGUUCCGGCAUCACUUUUGCUUAUCGUGUGUGCCAUACUCUGCAGAGUUACAUCUCAACGCAGCUCCUUCCUUGGAAGCGUCUUUGGGGUUGAAGGUACACACAGUAGGCAAUAGACACUCAUGGAUGCCAUAAAGAUUCAGUCAAGUAAAAAAGUUUACUUGACAGGCGUAAAAGCAAAUUGGUAGCAAAUAUCUACAGACAUUCACUGCUGCCAUGGUCAAGGCAUGCUAGAGUCCAACAAGAGUUCAAGACUCUCUCUCUGCUUCUCUAAUAGCAAGGCACAAGCAAGAGACUCACAACAAGUUACAACGAGUUUCACAGAACCGUUAUUGGUACUCCCUGUCACACUGUGCAUGUCCAAAAACCAGUUCCCACAGAAAACGUCCUUGCAUAGACAACACAAUCUCAGCCUUCUACUGCUUCCUGAAACUUCUUCCUUGUUUCUGGAACAAAUGAUUCUCAUACAGAGAGAGAAAAUAUCCAACAAUUUUGUGACUGGUGGCCCCAGCAAAGUUUGAAAUGUGUCCACUGGUUCAAAAAGGUUAGCAAGCCCUACUCAUCACCUCCAACCACUGCUGGCUGGGGCUGAUGGGAGUUGUAGCCCAAAAUUUCUGGAGGUUUUCGCCAGUUUGGCGAAAGUACCUUUAAAGAAUGUGUUUUACAAGGAGGUUUGACAGAGGACAAGUUUCUUCCUGAUAAUACAGAGCAGCACGGCAGAAUCACAAAGGUGAGAGUGGGAGGACAGGAAAAAAGGGCCGACAGUGGAUGAAGCACUAACAUUUUGAAAAUGUAUUUUCCUCUUAAUGUGAGUUCAGGGUCAGCCUAUAUUUCCAGCAACAUCUCGUCCAGCUAUAUUCUUGGCUGUCAGACUGUUGUCACCUUCUCUCCCUCUUCGCUUUCAUCCUGAUAAUAGUCAUAUUUGUGAGCUAUUUGGCAUUGCCAGAAGGCAGAAUUUGUUAUCUAGCUAAAUGGCGAUAUUUCUCCCUUCCCCCUAAAACUCUUUAUCUCCCCCUCCCUCUUCUCCCUUCUCCCUUUCCUCCUCUAAAUGCACACAGACAUGAGGAGACAGAAUAAUGAAAGCAUCAACUUCAGACAAGUUUGUUUUCAAUCUUGGUGGGAUGCAGCUGAUCACUGAAAGCAUAAAUUUAUUACCAUGACUAACAAAACAGAAAUUUUAAAUUAUUAUAGCAAAAUGAUUCGGCUUCCGCCUUCAGUUGCUAUGAUAAAAAUGGUACUGUUUCUGAGGUGGUGGAUAUAGAACUUUGAGCCUCUAUCCUCAAAGCUCUGUACCUGUCACCACGGAAACAGCUUCAUUUUUAUCAGAACAAUUAAUGAAGGCAGAAGUUGAAACAUUUUGCUAUGAGGAUUUAAAUUUGUUUUGUUAGAUGAUUGUCUGUCUGUCUAUCUAUCUGCUGGCAAAAUUGGUGUAUGUUUAGCUGCAUAGACAGGAGAGACAUUCUUUUUUUCAAUUUUCCUUUAAAAUUAGACAGUUGGAAGUCUUGGUUUAUUGUGAGAAUCAUUGCCAUUUGAAUUUAAGAGGUAAUCCGUCUGGAAAAUAAUGGCCUUCCCCAGCAUUAUAAAUGCACAUAGCCAAAGCCUUGCAAUUUCCUGUUUUUGUUUGUAAUGCAUUAGACUACAAUAUUGCUGUGCUAUAGUCAACAUAUUAGUAUCACCAAAGUCAGGAAAUUCAAAUAAACGAUUCCCUUAACAGCUGUAACUUUGCUGAAGAGCAUAUUAUGGCUGCAGUAAAAAAAGAAAAAAAAGGAAGGAACGCUACUUUAAAGCAGAAAUCCAUGCACGUGGUCCUUUGUCUUCAGUGAAACUUUAUCAGAUUUUCCUCUUAGGCUGAACCAUUUCAUGUUUUGUCCAAUGGCGGCUGGUGCCCAUUGGGUGGAAUGCAGGAUAUCGAACAGAUGACAGGCGGGGCCAACUAAUUCUGGAAUUGUCCCCACCCUCCUCCUGCUGGGUUCUACAAGGGAUAGCCAAGGCCAUGCCAAGGUUGUAAGUAGGGCAGCUGGGGUUGGGGGAAUCAAAGCAGCUUGGUGGGGCAUUGCCCUAGUUCGCCAAAUAGACCAGCCUCCACUGCCUUCAUCUCAGUCCUAAUAGUGUUUGCUUUGUUAAAUCUGCAUGAAAUCCAAUGGAGAUAGAUAUCGCAAGCCACUCCUUUACAUUUUUAUAUCUCUUUAUCUUUACAGUGACUUGGUUCUGUUAAGUCCAAUUAGAGGCUACAAUCUCAUUCCUGGGAUCCAGCAUUUUUGCCCCAGCCAUGCUUCAGUUUAGGGUUAUGUGUAAAUGUGGGCAGUAUAGAAAUUUACCCAUCUAUGCAAAUGAAAUGAAAUUCUAAAUCCUGUGACCAGAAUCCCAUUCUGUUCAGCUGAGUGUGUUUGUUACUCCCCCACUCUGUUGGUGUUCUAAGUGUUCAGUGCUUCAGCCCUAUAAUUAAAAGAUGCCUUUCUUCUUAAAUGCCACAUUUGGCUGUAUAUUUGCUUUUGUAUAUAUCUUUCCCUGAAAGCGGAAAGGGCCUGCCUUGAAAGUUUUGCACAGCAGGGCUUUUUGGAAAGUAGCUGCCAAAGUUGACAGCUGCAAGUCUCUGCUUUUUUUUGUAAAAAUGAAAGGAAAUAGGUAAUUUUUAUUUUCAGUUGAGUUAAAUAAUGCAUUAACCUUAGAGCCGGCUGGGAAAAGGCCCGAAACCAAAUGUUAUGGAAUGGCCCAGGUACUUGCACAUGCCUGAUAUUUCUCUUGAAAAUGACCUAAGCGUUUUGGAAGACAGGUUCUGAAUUUGCAUGCCACACUAAACCAUUGUUGAGCAUGCUUUUAGCAUCAUGUGGACGCGCUGCAGCAAGCUUUAGGCUCACACUCUUCCUCCUGUGUGGCUGGGGAGAGUUUGGACUUCUUUCUUUUUGUUAACCAUCUCAUCCAGAUCUAGGAAGUGUGGUUAACGCUAUAUCCAGCAAGCCAGCUUCAGAAACCACAGUUUGAAAUGGGCUUGCUGGAAAUUAACCACAAACAGAGAAUUCUUCUCCUUAGUUUUACAUAUUUGUCCAAGUAAACAGAAAUUCUAAAGCUUUGUGGCUAGAAUCCUAUCCUGUUCAAUUGAUUGUGGCUUUUCCUUCCCCCACAACCACCCCAGUUUGCUAUUGAUUUGUGUCACGGGUGGGUAGGAAUACGCUGAGCUUCCUGUUAACCAAGACAAACUGCUCUGGUUUUGUCAGAAGGGUUACUUAAUAUUAGAAACUACUGCGCUACCAGUACUGACAACAUCAGACAUGGCUCUGUUUAGUUCAGGGGUGGGGUAAGCUAUGGUUUAUUUAACGGGCUUAUGCACAUUCCAUAGGUGAUGAAACAAACCAUGGCUUGUCUCUCCAAAGCUGGGUUUGUUUUCUAGCUCUUGUUUCAUGCUUUUGGACAGGCAUCCCCAACCUUUUGCCCUCCAGAUGUUUUGGACUACAAUUCCCAUCAUCCCUGACCACUGGUCCUGUUAGCUAGGGAUCAUGGGAGUUGUAGGCCAAAACAUCUGGAGGGCAAAAGGUUGAGGAUACCUGCAUUAGGAUAUCUGGGGUGGACUGGCCAACGAAGCAGUACUUAAAGAAAGGUGUUGGCUUUCCAUGUAACAUGAAGCCAUAGUUAAAACAAACCAAGGCUCUUUAGUCAACAGCAAGGAGCAACCCAUAGCUUCAUCACUGGGCAGAUUUGGGAUGCUUAUCACAGGAAUCUGCCUUAUACCAUUGGUCUAUCUAAGUCAGGCUUCCUCAGCCUCGGCCCUCCAGAUGUUUUGCCCUACAACUCCCAUGAUCACUAGCUAGCAGGACCAGUGGUCAGGGAUGGUGGGAAUUGUAGUCUCAAAACAUCUGGAGGGCCGAGUUUGAGGAAGCCCGAUCUAAGUCACUGUUAUCUACACUGACUGGAAGCAGCUGUCUGGAAUUUCAGACAGGGAAUUCAUUGCAGCCCUGCCUAGAGACUCCUGGGAUUGAACCUAGGACAUUGGACAUGCAAACAGAAGCUCUACCAAUGUCCCAGCCCCUAGCCUGAUCAGAGACGCUAUGGUUCGAAUCCCUGCGACGGGGUGAGCUCCCGUUGCUCGGUUCCUGCUCCUGCCAACCUAGCAGUUCGAAAGCACGCCAGAGUGCAAGUAGAUAAAUAGGUACUGCUCCAGCGGGAAGGUAAACGGCGUUUCCGUGCACUGCUCUGGUUUGCCAGAAGCAGCUUAGUCAUGCUGGCCACAUGACCCGGACGCUGUACGCCAGCCAGCAAAGCGAGAUGACUGCUGCAACCCCAGAUUCGGCCACGACUAGACCUAAUGGUCAGGGGUCCCUUUACCUUUACCUUACCAUAUAUGUGCAAACCAGGUCAUUGUUGGGAGGUCAUGGCUUCUAUCAGAGCCGGGAAUUCGUUUGGUGGGAAGGCCAGGAAUUCUCUAAUAGAAAUUCCCAGCCUCCUCCUCCAUAGAACCAUAAUGUUCAGGGUUCCAUAGCAAACAUGUUGACUCAGUUACUGCAGCAUAUCAUAUAAAUUGUAGGAUCUUGAAACAUCUGUCUAUGUGGAAUUUCAGCAUCGAUCCCAUUAUGCCAUAUUUACUUGCUCCCUUCUCUUAAUUUGGCCCUGUUAUAGGUUUUAGUAUAGGCAUCACCCCCGCUUACGUGAGGGCAGCAUUCAAGGCCCCCGUGCGCUUAAGUGAAAUUGCGUAAAGUGGGGAGCACCCCACUUUGAUAGGGAGGGCAUGUGGGGAGAGGAGAGAGAGAGAGAGAGAGAGAGAGAGAGAGAGAGAGAGACUAACGUUGGAAAUCUCUUGGGGCUGCUGCCUGACCUAUCCUGAGCCUGCCUGCCUGCCUGAAGGGAAGCGGUGUGUGCAGAAACUGGCCUUGGAGGGUGAGGACUAAGAAGGGCACCCAGCAGAACUAGUGCCAGAAUGGGGUUCUGAUCACACGGCAGAGUUGUGGAGGCAGGGAGAAGGUGUCCCCCCAUGCUGCUGGUCGAUUGAAGGCCGCCUUUCCUCGCUUGGGCAGCAGCCCCAUGCAAGGGAUGGCCAAUCUAUUUAUUUAUGUAUUUCAUGCUGACCCACGUAUACAGGGUCACACGCAAGUGGGAUGCACAUAGGUGUUUGUGGCAGGGUGCCUGUAGAGCAGGCAUGGCCAAACUUGGCCCUUCAGCUGUAUGGGGACUACAACUCCCAUCAUCCCUAGCUAACAGGACCAGUGGUCAGGAAUGAUGGGAAUUGUAGUCCCAAAACAGCUGGAGGGCCAAGUUUGACCAUGCCUGCUGUAGAGGGAGAAAUGGAUAUGCUCGGCCAUGACGGUUCAGUUUACCCCGGCAUUUAUUUUGCCGAGCACCAUAAUUUAAUUUUCACAUCAGUACUGCAAUGCAAAGAGCAAACGUAGGGAGAAGGGGAACUUUAUCGUAAGCGUUUCAGGGUGUCCCCACCCCCACCCCGGCUUUUCAAAAUCUGCAGCUCGACUUGUGUACUAAUAUUGGAAAACCUCUUUUAUGUAUGUGGACAAUUGCUGUUAUCUUCGUGUCACACACAGAGGUGGAAGCAUUUUGUCUUUUUGACACAACCUAAAGUGAAUUGGCAUGUUUUUCUCCGAACACUCAAGGUUGUUUGGAUCCAAGCCAUUACCUCUGCAAGAUAUUGUUGUUUUGAAUUAAAAUUGUGAGCCAUAAGCUACCAUCCUCAGUAAUUUACUUAUUUAAAUUAUUUGUUUGUUUACUAAAAUAUCCGCAGAGAGGCAGGGUGCAUUUUGAUUUGCUGUUGGAAUAAGAACAGAUCUAUUGGAGGUGGGUUUCUUUGAUUUCCAACUGGGUAGUUUACAAAGCCACUUGCCAGGUUACACAAAGGAAAAAAUGUGUGUGGAAGGAAUUGUCCAUUCCAUAUCUGUGGCGAGGUGUAUGGAAAACGUGUGUGCAUGUCAUUUCAUGCAUAGGUACAGAACACCAAAUUUGAAAAUUGUGGUGCCUGGUUUUGUUUUGUUUUUUUAAAAGAAAGAUCUCUGUAUAAACUGAUAAUCAUAGUAGAACUGCUUUGUCUGGUGUGUUCAGGGCUCAAAAAUCAUUGCACAUACCCCAGUGCUACCAUUUCAUCUUGGAAGUCUGCACACUAGGGUAAAAAUAUUUUCAGUUCCUGGGAGCCAGCUUUAUAAACAUUUGAUACCCAAUGCCUGCGAGUUUAGUAGCGCAGCAGUGCCAUUUUUCUUUGACUUGCAAAACACCUAAUGGAAACAAUAAAUAAAUAGUCAUGAUGAAGGAUGUUUUGCUGUUUGACAGACUUUUUCUGGCUUUCAAGUGCCUGAGGUGCAUUUAAUCUACACUUUGAUAUGCUCCCUAGCUGGCACUUUGGAAUAUUGUGCUUAAUUUUAGGCAGCAUAAUUUUCUUUUUCUAGCAGAGCACUGAUAUGAAUCCUUGGUGAUUUGAAGCUUCAAACCCCUCAAGGACAGACGAUAAAAUAAUCUAUUUACAAGGAGAAAUAUUAUAAAUGGCUCAUUUUUAAAGAACUUGGGUUACUGGUGUUGAGACAGGAGCCAGGCCUUCGAUGGCUUAUAAAUGUGAUAUGCUGUUACGUUAUGGGUGCAGUUUGGCUUGGUGGUUCCUUGCCUUCAUUAAAAGAUAAGCUAACUCUUUAACAGCUUUAUUCUAAAGACCACAGAAAGGGCAACUAGCUAGGAACUUAAAAGGGAUAAUGCACAUUGUUCAAGUGGGCUCAGAAAUGAGUUAGACUUUCUAGUUUCCUUGAAACAUUCAGAAGGUUGAGAUUAUAAUUGCCAAGGCUAAUGACUUGCUCAACUUUCAAUUAGGCAUUGCAACCUCAGGAAAACGUACAAGCCAACUAUUUCUUUUGGCUACAUCAAUUAAACAAUUUUAUUUGUUUUUGCUCAGUUCUUUUAUUUAUUUUUGGUAAAAAUAAACCUUUUGUUAUGACUUUAAGUGCCAGCUACACAUCAGCAGGGGAACCCUGUCUAGCCCAGCAGGGGCUUUUGGUGAGAUUUCCUGGGUUACAGCAGCUGCUUUGUCUCCCAUGCAACAUUUUUAAAGCCAUUGGCUUGCAAGGCAAUUUGAGAGGCUUUGUCUCUCCCCUCCCCCAUCCUUUCCCUUUAGGGAAGAUCAGUGUUCAAAAUUCGCCAGGUGCAUUUUUUUCCUGACUAUUGGCCGCUUGCGACCAAGUGAAGAUGCCCGGCUGCCAGGACAGUGCCCGAUGUUUCCACCGCCUGGAGGUGCAUGCCUGGGGAUCCUUGGAUCUUGACUGUUUUCACACACCAGCAACACAUCCUGUAGAAUUCCACCCAUUAUGUUUCAUCUGCACAAUCAGAAUGAAUUUCAGGAACCAAAAAGUCGUAUUGAAAAAGGCGACUUUCGAAAGAAGAAUGGUGGAUGAAAUUAAUGGACUAUGCAGAAUUAGAUAAAUUAACAGGAAGGAUUUGAAACCUGCGGGACCAGAGAUUCUUAGAAGACUGGAGAAAAUAUAUGAACUGUUUGAAAAGCAAUUGUAAUGAACAGAUUACGCUAGUAGGAAUGUCUCCAGGACUACAGUACCUAUGUGGACCUAUGGAGCACUUUGCCAUUGCCAUUACCAAGGGUCCCUCAGCCCCUAGGAGCUGGGUUUCUCUGGGGCAGAGGGAGCUGCAGUGGGGAAAAGGAUGUGAGAACCUACCACCCCACCCCACCUGGUCUCUUCCCCUCCAUGAUCUGUUGAAGGAAAAUUAGAAUGUAAGUUGAUACCUGUGAUUUUGCCAUCCCACUUCGUUCAUUCAGCCAUUGAUCUCUCAUCUCCUUCUAUCAUAAAACACUCAAGCUAGCUUGAUGGCAAAACCUUAAAGAUACAGUUCCUGUUGCUUUGAGAGACAAUGGAGUGCGCCUCCGGGAGUGAAGUUAAACUGGGGUGCAAGCCUGGGCAGUGUGUAUGGAAGUCCUGGGCUGCUCAGUUGACAAGACCCCUUUAUCUCUGAUGUGGUCCAAAGGAAAGAACAAUUCGUUUGGCACCAGCUUGGCUGCAGGGGUUGCCGGAAGGCGCCAUUGGGGUCUCCACUCUGGAUUUGUUUCGGGUUUACUCCUUUACGCCUUUUUCUUCUCCCGAAUAUGUCCCGCAAGGCAGUGGAGGUUUAGGACCAGAGUUUUCCUUCUCCUAGAUGGGCUACCUUCCAAGGUGGAUGAGCCCCAUCAGUAAACGAGCAGUAAAUAAGCAGUAACCGAUGAGAAGAACAAAGCACCGACCAAUUAUUCUAAAGAGUGAUGUUAUAAUAACUUAAAACGUAGCAGCAGUCUGAAUUUUCAACUUAAGAAGCAACCGAGGCCUUUCUGUCAAAAGGCCUGCUGUGUGGCACUGUUGCUGUUGAAGCAGCAACACAGUCUAGUCAUUGGACGUCAAGAAGAGCUCAUAUUCCUAAAACACAGUGGAUCUUAACCUACAGUGGAUGGUAGCCAGUAGUGCCAUAUGCUUGAGUGUGUCUCCCAUUGAUGCCCCUUUGCAAUCUCUACUGUGGUAGCUGUGAUGUCUCUCGAUGUCUAGUUUCUAGUAGGUUUGCUUUGGUUGACUCUUCCUACAACGAGCCACCUUUCAUUUUUAGGAUAGCAAUGUGCAAGGGAAAAAUAAUUUUGCUUUUGUUUGUUUUUCCUUUUGGGGGGGGGAGUGGUGCAGCAUCCAGCCACAAGGUGACAAUAUUGAGUUCUCUGCAAUUAUUUUUCUGUAUUGAAACAGCGUGCAUCCUUGCAUAUUGGCACGCCUUUGUGUCGGCAUGCAUGGAUUUGUUAGACUUCCCACAAUAUUAGAAGAAAGGAACUUUGCCAGCAAGUAUCCAUUGACAUUUUAAAACUGUAAUGAUACAUGCUUGGGACUAGAUUGAUUUCUCUUAUGCCUACUGUGAAGGUUCACACUGAGAAAGCAGCCUUAGGUCUGCUCAUUUGUUUGUAUAUUAAGAGUGAAAGAAGAUGUGCCAACUUAAAUUUCUAAAAGCCAAAGUGGAUUUGUUCAGCUUGAGCAGUUCUAUAAUAGUCUUCGACAAGCACUUAACACUAUUCUUUUAGCUGGCUGAUACUAAAAGUACUGCCUGCUGCUAUCUCUUGUAGUCAGGCAGUGCUGUCCAAAAAUAAGUGCAAAACAACAAAUUUGCAGAAGGGAUUAAAACUCUUCCUACGACUGCAUGGCUAGGAUUAACUGGGCGGACGGUGUUACAUAUUUAUGUUGGAAUUCAUCAGUUGCAGAAACGAGUUCAGUUGGCAACAUGAAGUUUAUGUACUGCUCUGAAAUAGCUGUGCCAUUCAACCAAAAUUCAUCGAGGCAUCAUUAGAUCAUACACGACCUAGAGAUUUGUCUCGGACUUCUCCAAAUGGGAGAAUAGCUGUUCUUUUUAAUUGUUUUGUUUUCAAGUACCGUCAGCAGUGUGUAGCAGCUUUGACGAAAGAGCGGCUGAAAAGCCCAACAAUAAAUAAUUGAGAACAGACUACAUCUCUGCAGGCAUCUUGUGCAUAAUAAGCACAGAAGGAUUCCAAAGCCCCGAGAAUAAACAGUAUAAAUCAAGGGUAUAAAAAGCUGAACAGAUUUAGAUCCCUUUUGAUUUGAAUGGGUCUAGUCGCAGCUAACUGUGUGCCGUGCUGCAGAGGGAGUUGAGACACAUUUUAAAUGCAAGUUAUAUUCGUUGGAUUAAAAUGUGGAGCAAGCGUUCUGGACUGCUGUUGGGAUAGCGGCAACGAUCAGAUCUCUCUGGAAGCUGCACUUGCUGAGUUGAAAGUUCCUCUUGUCAAUUAACUAUGGUAACUAUAGAUAUUUAACAGAUGGAUAAAGGAAAAAUAUUCAGAAAAUUUUAUCUUGAAUAUGCAACCCAUGGAGGCAGGGAAGUAGGUCUGAAGGUUCAAUAGAACCUUUUAUUUUAAUGUUUGAAAUGGUUAAAGUUAAAAUUUAUAAAAUAUUGUAAAUCCAAUAGAAAAAAGUUAUUUUUAAAAAAGUUCCUCUUGUCAGAGCAAAACUACAUGUGUCUUUGUAUUUAGCAUGCAGUUGUUGUUGUUCUUUAAAAUGCAAAUUGCAUUAGCUGGAUUGUGGUGGCAAUUGAUGGCAGGAGAUCAAAGUGGGUGGGGGAAUUUCCAAUGGAGGAUUUCCUUCCAAACCAGAGAAAAUAUUGAGGAUUUUUCAUCAGGACUGCAAUAAGGAGAGUAACGGGUUAAAUCCUUCUGCACGCCUCCCCUGAUUACAUUACCUCCCCCCACCCACCCCAUUGCAACUUCCCAUAUGUAGGCCCCAUAGUUUGUAGGUAGCAAUGCCACUGCUCCAGAAACGAGUCCUGGAUUGCAAACAAGUUUUAGAGUCCGCCCUGAUGUCUGACAAGCUCUGCUUAAGUUGUAGGAUAUAUCAUGGCUUCCGUGUGGCACAAUUUUUUCUUUCUGGAAUAUGUGGCAGAAUCAAUAGUAUAGCAGAAUGGUUGGGCUAAUGAGAAACAGAAUGGCCAUUGCUCAAACGAAGACUUGCUAAAAUGGUGGAGCUUUGUUUUCUGUUUCCCUUUCAUUACGUUUUGUCUUUUUCAUUACGUUUUGUCUCUUAACAAGUUGUUUUUAUGGCUUUUGAGAGUCCUGGAAAUGCCACGGCAAUGAUGCUUUUAAAACCAUAACGGAUCGGUCUGGUAAUAACUCUUUUUGUUGUUAAUCUUUAUCUUUGUUGGCAAGCACCCAUUCUGUUUGUAGAUGUUUUUUAUUACCACAGGAAAUAUUUCACCCUAGAUGCCUAUAGCAAGAGAGCCACAUCUGACUUAAUUGAGAAAAUCAAUACAGCAGGGAUAUCUUGGCUCAGGAGAAUAAUUUGCUCAGAAGUUGGUACAAAAUCCUAUUACUUCAAAGAAUCCACAGAUGUCAUUUUCUCUCUCGCUAUUAAUUUAAAAGAUUUGCAGUAGUGAGGUUGAGACCCUGCUGUGGAAGCAACAGAAAGCUAUCUAUUUCUAAGUGACGAGAUUGUAUACAUGUAAGAAACAUGUGAUGCAACACAUGUCAAAAUAGCUCUGGUACAGCCAUGUAAUUUGCUGUUCACUUGUGGCAAAGACCAAGGACGGGCAACUGACAGCGGUCUCUGUAUCCUCACAAACCUGCCGCCUUUCUAUUCAUUCAGUUGGAACUAUUUCUUAGUGCCUCUGCUGGCCUUUUUAAAGAUGGGUUUGGUGGCAUAAAUUGCCUGUGCUUGAGCUUCAAGCUGAGAAAACCAUAUACAGUGGCAUCUCUGUGUGUGCUGUUAUUUAAUGCUAAUACUAAUGCUAAUAAUAAUAAUAUUUAUAUCCCUCCAAUCUGGCUGGGUUUCUCCAGCCACUCUGGGCAUCUUACAGCAUAUUUAAAAACACAACAAAGCAUCAAACAUUAAAAAAACAUAAUAUCCUAUACAAUAGGAUAACAACAACAACAACAACAACAAUAAUGAUAACAAUGAUAAUAAUAACAAUAACAACAGUUUACAACAGGGGUCAGCAAACCUUUUCAGCAGGGGGCUGGUUCACUGUCCCUCAGACCUUGUGGGGGGCCAGACUAUAUAUUUUUUUGUGGGGGGAUGAACGAAUUCCUAUGCCCCACAAAUAACCCAGAGAUGCAUUUUAAAUAAAAGGACACAUUGGUUAGUGGAUGUAUUAAAGUAGCAUAAAGUGCUGUUUCUGCCUUUCACAGUAUUUAUUCCCCUCCCUAAUUCCUGUUACUGUGCAUUGAUAUUUUUGUUUUGUUUUCUAAUAGCCGCAGAGAUGGAGCACUGAAAAUUCUUCCCUGGAAUGAACAGAAGCAUAGGGAGGAAGACUGGUGUGAGAGGGCACCGUGCAAGUAGGUGUAUGAAAUUGGUGUGUGUGUGUGUGUGUGUGUGUGUGUGUGCAAUAUAUCAAUCUAUUUUUACAUUAGCACCAGUCAGUUGCAAUUAAGCAACUAUCUCACCUGGCCUUACUAUCUUUGAAGAAUCAAGUGUAGGAGCUACCCUGUUUCCUUAUUGGAGAGGAAAACGCAUGUGGAUUGCUUCCUCCCUUUUUUUCUGGAGGAAACAGGAAGUCCCAAAAUGCACAGAACUCUGGGCUGUGGUCCCGUGAUACAUUCCCAAGCUUUGAUCAUGCUGUAUGAGGUGAAACCUGUAUAAGUACACAGAAGAAUUGCUAUGUGCAUGGCGCCGUGGAGUGAUGCACGCUUCCCUUUAUGGCCUUUGCAGUGAUUUGAAUUAUUCUUUACUUAGCAAGCCUCCUCACUUGAGCCACAGGAUUUUAAUCACAGUGAGAUCAGAAUUGGGCCUCAAACACACAGGAUCUUUCUCCUGCUCCCAUCACCGUGAGUAGAAGUGAACAGCUGAACCGCGUGGCCCCUGUUCUUGCUUGGGUAAAAUCCUGACAGCCAAGUAAUAACUUACAGGCUCAGCGUGUUAACAGUGCCCUUUCUGUAUGUGGCAACAGGUUUUCAUGCCUGCAACGGCUUUUGCACAUUAAAGCAUUGUUUCUGCUUAAAUAGGUAAGCUUGUCAACUCAUUUGGAGCACUGUAGUAAAUUGCCUCUAUUAUGUAAACACCUGUUGAUGUAGUGAUAAGGUUAAUUGCCAGGAAUAGCUAGAAAUUCAGUAGGGGUAAAUAAGUUUUCUCUGCGUAGGCUUUUGCAUAAAGGUCAAAUGCCCAUUAUGUAAAUAACAGUGGUAACCUCCAAAAUUAGAUUAUAUAUAUAUAUAUAUAUAUAUAUAAUAUUUAUAUAUAUAUUUGUUUGUUUAUAGAUGCUAGUUUUUCAGAACAGAACUAGUUAUCAUUUAACAUGAUUUUUCAAAAGAUAAUUAAUCCUAAUGAGUCUGCCUAAGACAUAGGUUAACAUCCAUGCCAUACAUUGAGAUAAUUCUUAUACCACUUCAACAGCCAUGGCUUCCCACAAAGAAUUCUGGGACCUGUAGUUUAAGAAUCCCAGGAAUUGUAGCACUGUGAGGGGUCUCCUCCAGUUCCCAGCACAUUUAACAAACUACAGUUCCCAGGUUAGCAUCAUUUUAAAGUCCUAGGUUUCUACAUUUAAUGACUGUUUAUCUGUGAUGCUCAGGCUGAUGGUUGAACCAGCUCUUCAAGAUGAAGGCGAAUUUUUAUAUGAGUCUCAACCUGAGUUGCUGAAGUACAGAACCACUGAGCUUUCCAUAAAACUGGCCACGGACUGGUACUGGAAACGAGCAGAAGAGAUAGAAAACUACUCUAUGCAGGU